AUCGUUUGAAGUAUGAAUCAAAGAAAUCAAAGUCCAGUCAUUUAUCUGGUAUGGAUCCAUCCACAGGAGAUCAGUACUCUGCAGCUUCAGUGGAGACUGCUUCAGAUGAUGCUCUGUUCAGAGUCAAACUCAGUCACAUGGGCAAAUCAACAAGAAAGAAACUGUUUGAAAUUGCCAGAUCAUUUUUUGAGAGGACAAAAAGAAGAAAGUCAAAAAGGAUGCUCAUGAAGUUACAUUCAU